AGGAGCAAGCAGCAGCAGGAGCAGGAGCAGCAACAAGCUUCCCCGUCAGGCUGACUCGUUGAUUAUCAGUUGUCAUGACAAGGCAGGCUGCAGACACGGAAUCCAAGUGUUAGGGCGACGGAUAGAGUACGGUCCUCGGGCUUUGGAAUGGGAUUUUCCUUCUUCCGCGUCCGUGAAUCCCACGGCGUGUCGUCGAAACGAACGCCUCGUGUAACUCCUACUACUAGUAGUAGUAGUAGGCACAGGUCUCAUCAUCGCCUAGGAGCGAAACCGCGCGGGUUGUACUGGCUGAUUCGUCUGAGCAAGCAGAUUCGGAAGCGAUUCAGGGCGUUAGGCGACGGAAAGCGACGGUCGUCGGGGAGUAACGGUUACUACAGCCGGGAUUCGUCCGCAGAGGAGAAGCAAGCACUGCUCAAAGCCAGCGAAUCGGCGUCGACCUCAUCAGGAACAUCAACCCCCGCUUCAGCUACUAACGGAUCGCACGCUCGCGACACGAGUCAAGAGAAGGGGAUGGCGUUUAUUUUUAAGGCCACGGGAAGAGAUUUCAACCGCGCUCAGGCAUCGCUGUCCGCUUCCAGCACGAAGAAAGGCGGCGACCUUUCACCGCAUGGGAGCCCCGAGCAACCCCUUGCCGGUCAAGCGCUGGAAUCUUCGCAUCGUCUCCAUUCCGGCGCCGCCAGCCGUACUCUCUCCCCGCACAUCAAGCGCAGCGCAUCCUCGUUAUCAGGCUCCCCGUUAGCACCGAAAUCGGGAGGCGGAGCAUCGUCUGCUGUGACGGCCACCGUUGGACGGAUAAAAAGUCCGUCAAGCGCAGCUGCAGCUGGAGUCGGCGGCGGUGGCGGCUCCGCAUCGCCGUUUUCCCUGCGUCGACCAGCUCUGAUUCGAAGCGGUAGCGCGGGAGGCGGCGCACGAGAUCACGGCGCUAGUAGUACAGGAGGCUCGGAGAGGGACGGGAGUGGGACCACGGACAGCAGCGCCGGCAGUGGAAUUAUUACCGCUGCUGAUAUCUUCGCGUCCCGCGCUACUGCGUCUACAAUCACCAGGCACAAGGGAUCACUGCAUGGCGGUCAGAGCCACUCCCCCCACCACUACCGACAAGAUAGCCGUCGAGGACACGAGCACUUAACUAGACACCGGCAGCAGAAGUCCAUGGACGACGGAGAAGUGCUGGCUUCCCGUCACGGUUUCCGUCACGAUUUCCGUCAAGGCAUCGCGCCAGGCGUCAGUCACACCAGCCACCACACGAUCCAGCGUCCAGGAGGAGCGGCAGGGGCGAGCAAAUCGGCCCACAGAGCAGCUGACGUGGCAGCGGCGGCGGACGCCGCCUCCAGCGCUGGAUCGGUCGCUUCUGACUCAUCCGACGUCAGCGCUCCAGCCUCUGAGUCAGCCGCUAGUCGUCGCCGCGGCCAUGCGAGCUCGCGUCAGAACCCGACGGACGGUCGUCGAAACCCGAUGGACGGCCGUCAUAACUUCCCGUCAUCGUCGUCCCUAUGGAGGUCGCCGUCAGCGUCGUUUACGUCUCCUCCUGCAUCCGUUACAUCCGCUACAGCUGCUUCAGCCGCUACAGCCGCUACAUCUGCGAAGGAACGACGAGGCGAGGUGGCCGGCUCACCGUUACCUUCGAGAACGCCUCACCAAGUAGCAGCCCGUGCGAUGAUGUUGCGACGCUCACGAAGCUUCUCCAUGUUCUCGCGCCCCGAUGCUGCUGCUGCUGCGACCCGUGCAACUGGUGCGACAGGUGCGGCUGCUGCGACUUACGCGACUGCUGCGACUUCUGCGACGCCGGCUGCGACUUUCGCGACUGCUGCGACGUCUGCGAUCGCGGGAGCUAGCUGGGUGGCUAGCGGCACCAGUGUUGCAGAUUCCUCACCCAGCAGUGCUUCUGCGCCCGCCUCUGGCGGUAGUACUAUUAGAAGUAGUAAGCGGAGCGAGAGGAUUGGCGGAGAGCAAAGCAUCAUGAACGAGCGGGGCAAGCUGCUACGAAGCCAGAGCGUGGAGGGGAGUUGCAGCCCGGGGUACCAGAGAAGCAAGAGUGUGAGCGACAGCAACGCGGUGGGUGGCCGGACGGGCGGCACGAGCAGCAAGAGCAGCAGGGUCAGGGGGGGCCGUCCGCGAUACGGCGCUUCUCUGUACGGGCAACAGUACCAGCAGCAGCAUCUAGACGCGACGUCUUCGGCCGGCAGUGCAGCGGCCUUUGCGCGCCGAGAUGGUUCCGCGAGUGCUACUCGUUCUGCUCGCACAGCUAGAACCGGUGGUGUGGGUUACGGUGGGAGUGGAAACCACGGCACUACGCCUGCUAUGAGCCGCUCGGCACUCGCGAGGUCGCGAUCGGGAUUGGGUAACACGGUGUUUCGCCGACUGUCGUUCUCGUGGGAGGGGGGCGGGGGAGAUGGAGAGGGUCGCGGGCAGGCCGCCGACGGGUAUAGCGAGGAGGAGGAGGGGGAAGAGGAGAGGGAGGAAGAGGAAGGAGAGGAGGAGGGGGAAGAGGAGAGGGAGGAAGAGGAAGGAGAGGAGGAGGGGGUGGAGGAGGGUACGGGAGGAGUCACUGCGAGGACGGCGACCGCCAUUGUUCCUUCGGAUAAUGAUCAUGGGCUACAUGGCGCGGGACGGGUGCCACGACGCGAGACGGCGCCGCCGCAGCGUGGGGUGGCAGUGGACUGCCAGUGGUGGGACAAGAUCCGACACGAGCUGGACGCCCUGCGCGCGCUGGUGGAGCAAUCUUCCAUGACCGCCACAGGCCAUCACCGAGCUGCUGCUGCUGCUGCCGCUGCUCCUCCGCAAGGCACGUCAGCAGGAAUCCGAGGGGAAGGCAAGGGGCGAGCAGCAGGGCUGCUUGGUGGUGGUGGUGGUGGUGUUGUUGGUGCAGCUGUUGGGGCGCUUGCGUGGCUGGAGCGUGCGAGGCGCGAGUUGGAGGGCAUUGCGGGAGGGCAAAGCGGAGGACGUGGCGUGGACUCCGCUGAGGGAAGAGAUGCCGAGCUUGCAACCGAACUGCAAGAAUUCAAUUCUGAGAGGCGCCGCUGCACUGCCAGAACGAGCAACAGCAGCACCACAAGCGGCACUGCCGAAUGCAUCUCUUCAACAAGCGCCAGUGCCAGUAGCUCCUUUGGUGGAACAACCGACACUACAGCUACGGAUAAUGAUGUCACUGGCAAUGGCAUUGGCGAAGCAGGGGGGGAGCUCGGUGAAAGCGUGGAAGCUGGAAUCAUGAAUCUCCUUACAACACAGUCCACUCAGUUCACGCGCCUGCCAGCCUUCACCUGGGACGCCCUUGUGGAAGGCUCCUCCGGUGUUGUCAUGGGGAGGCGGGCCAUCCGCAUUCAGCAGCAGCAGAGCCAGGCCAACAGGAAUGGUCGAUUCCUCUUCCCAGGGCAAAAAGCCUGGCAGCAUCCCAAGGAGCUCCAGCAGCAGCAGCAGCAGUGGGGCAAGCAGUCUGAGAGAAGUCCCAUACCUAGCAGGCCUGGGGUUGGUCGUUCUGCUCUCGGAGAUCUGAUUCUUGUGGAGUCAGGCCCAGCGGAGGAGAGCGAGCUUGGCAUUGACAUUGACGUUGGGAGUCCUGGGAGUCCUUGCAGCAGCAGUGGCAGAAGCAGAGCCAACAGCGCCAACAGCAGCAGCAGUGACACAGAUAGUGAUGGCCCUUCGCACCUGAGUUCCCCUGAAGUCUCUCCUCACAGGAUGCCUGCGCAUGGCCCAGCAGAUGAUGCAGCAGCAGAAGGGGCGAAGGAAGCAGGAAAAUCUGCAGCAGAAGCCAGUGCCUCAGUGCAAGUCGCCGCCCUCCACCACGCCACACAGCAGCUCCCUGCCAGGGCCCAUCCGGCAGAUAUGACCACUCCAGCGUCCCUUCCACCACGUGAUGCCCUAGCACACGGCCCUACUUCUGUGGCUUCAGCUGUGGCUCCUGCUGUGGUUACUCCAGCAGGGAUGCCGCCAGCAGGGGGGUGGCUGGGAAGACCCAGAGGGAAACCAAGGGCGGCUGGUUGGAGCAGUGUGAGGGCAGCAGCAGGAGGAGGAGGGGUCAGAUCAGGGGAGGUUGUUCUAGUGAAGGGGCAAUGGGAGCACUGGGAGAAUCACAUGGUGCGGUUCUGGGCGCGAGAGAGGGGGUACCUGCACAUGCUGGGCCUUCCAUCCUCCCACCAAGCUGCUGCCACGUGGCAAGCACCAGGUGCAAGUUGCAUCAGUGAGGCUGAUGACGAGGCGAAGGAGAGGGAAUCUAGUGUGUCUGCUGAGACGCGAGGCUCGGGCUGUGGCUUCGGUUGCAGCUAUGGCUCUGGAGCUGCUGGUGGUAGCAGAGCUGGCGCUGAUGGCGGGCCAAGCCACAGUGCUGCCAUUCCCAGUCCCAUGAAUGUACCUCACCGCCCUCUGUCAUCCUCGUUUUGCGCCCUCCCUCCUCCGCCUCCACCCCCGCCUCCUCCCCCCAAUCAUCUUCAACAGCAGCUGCAGCAGCAGCAGAAUAGCAUGCCAUCUCAUGUCACCUCGCGCACCCCUACCCUCCGCCCGUCCAUUGCUGUGACCUCACUGCUGCACCCAGCUGUGCACCACUUGAGGCUCGCAGGUGCCAGCCGUGUGCAGGGAGUAACUGCUGGUGCUUCUGCUGCUGCUGGUACUGCUGGUGCGGCUGUUGGUGGUGGUGGUAGUUCUGGUUCUGCUGGUGCUGCUGUUGCGAGGAAUAAUCCCACUGCUGCUGCGAAUUCUCCUUCAACAGCAGCCACCGCAGUAACUGCCGCAGCAGUGCUUCCUUCCGCGCACGCCACAGUGGGACGACAGGAGGAGUGUGAUGAUUCGGAGACGAGGAAGAGGCAGGGUGGGAGGGGAAGGGAGAGGGAGAGGGAAAGGUUGUGGGUGGGAGGAAAUCAGCGGGAGAGGGAGAGGGAGAGGGAGAGGGAGAGGGAGAGGGAGAGGGAGAGGGAGAGGGAGAGGGAUGUGUGGGAUUUGAAGCUCUAUGCCCCUCGUUUCAACCCCCUCUUUGAACCCAAUAGCAGCUCCUGGGAGGAUGGUCAGAGCAGCGGCAGCCGACACAGCACAGCUAAAAGUAUGGAUGUGGGAGAGGGGCAAGAGCAGGAACAGGGGAGUGCACAGGCACCAGGGCAGGACCAGGGGCAGGGGCAGGGGCAGGGGCAGGGGCAGGGGCAGGGGCAGGGGCAGGGGCAGGGGCAGGGGCAGGGGCAGGGGCGUAGGCGUUCAAGUAGAGGUAUUGGAGCACUUGGGAGGAGGAGGAGGCAAAUGGAGAGUGGAGGGCCGUGGAAAGGAAGCAGAAGUGGCGGUGGAUUUCAGAAUGAGGAUAGGAAUGGGGCUACUGAUGAGGGUGGGGCUGACGAAGAGGACAGGGAUAUCGGCAGCAGCAGCAGCAGUAGCAGCAGCAGCUCCGGCAGCAGCAGCAGAACAAGCGUCAGCAGCAGCAAAGUUGGCGGUGCGUUUGCAAGGGGUGGUGCAAGGAGGGCAGCAUGCAGGGAGAGACGACGGCUUGUGGUGCAAGGGCUGACGCGGCUGAAGAAGAAGAAUCCAAGGGCGGCCCUGCUGAUAGGAAGGAGGAGCGGGGUUUUGAAGGGCACUGAGUCCGAAGCUGGGCCUGUUGAAGAGUCUGAAUCGGGAGGAGUUACCAGCACGAGCACGUGUGUUGAGGGUGAGAGGAGAAGCGAUGGGAGUGAUGCUACUAGAAGUAGUGUGGUGAUGGGAAGGUGGGAAAGUGGGUUGGGUGAGGAAACGGGGAGCGAGGGAGAGAGGUUGGAGGCAGAAAACAUUGGUGGGGGGAACCUGCGGGAGGAGGGAGGGGAAGGAGAGGGGCAGUUGGCAGCAGGCCAAGACGGCUUAGAGGAGCCGGAUGGGGCUGAUGAGGAGGAGAGUUGUGGGCAAGGGCAGCAGAGGCACGUGCAGGAGCAGCCUGGAUCUGGGCGUGAGGUACCAGUUGCAGCACUUGAAGUGGCGGUGCAAGUGGUGGGAGUUUCAGGAGCGGAUACGAUGCUAGUGGCAUCAUGCUCUUGGCGCACGUGCGGGUGCCUUUCUCCCCGCUGCACCUCGUCCUGCUCGUCACGCGCCCCUCGCUGCUGGGCCGGGACAAGCACACCUCCAGUGGCACAGCCGGCCGAGCAAGUGGAAGGGCGGAUUGAGGGAGCGAGGGAGGGCGAUAGCGAAGAAGAGAGCGAGGGAGUGACAGAGGGACGUACAUAUGGGGAGCAGCAAGAGGAGCUCCAAGAGCCUCACCUGCAGCCGCCUCUUCCGGCGUUUCCUCCUCCCAUCCCACCCAUUCCCUCAUCUCCCAUACCGUCUCUCCCUACAACCGCUGCCACCGCGCUCACAGACCAACCCAGCAUUGGUAUCAGCGGUUUUGCCUUGAGCCCCACCUUGGCUGUGGAUGUAGGUGAAUCUCCUGUGGCUGUCUCACACACCCCACCUCCUCCACCACCUCAUCUCUCACCAUCACCACCACCAUCACUCGCACUGUUGGCACCACCAGCAGCGGCAACAGCAGGUGCAGCACCGCCAUCACGACCAGUCCGACCAUCGCAUAACUGCCCUGAAAUCGAAUCAGUUUAUGAGCAGCAGCAGCAGCAGCAGCAGCAGCAGCAGCAGCAGCAGCAGCAGCAGCAGCAGCAGCAGCAGCAGCAGCAGCAGCAGCAGCAGCAGCAGCAGCAGCAGCAGCAGCAGCAGCAGCAGCAGCAGCAGCAGCAGCAGCAGCAGCAGCAGCAGCAGCAGCAGCAGCAGCAGCAGCAGCAGCAGCAGCAGCAGCAGCAGCAGCAGCAGCAGCAGCAGCAGCAGCAGCAGCAGCAGCAGCAGCAGCAGCAGCAGCAGCAGCAGCAGCAGCAGCAGCAGCAGCAGCAGCAGCAGCAGCAGCAGCAGCAGCAGCAGCAGCAGCAGCAGCAGCAGCAGAGAAAUCUCCGCCCGUACUCUCCACCCUCCCUGGCUCUACCCACCCGCGCAUCAUUCCACCCCCUCCCCCACCUGCCGAUCAUCCUGCCUGCAUCCUCCUCCUUAUCCUCCACCGCCCCCCACGUGGGCUUGGCAGAGCACCUGUCGGUGCUAGCGUGGGAGCGCGUGCUGGCAGCCGUGGCGGAGGGCCGGCGCGUGGAUGCGGCUCUCUGGAUGACCUGCCAGGUGCUCGUUGCGGCUGGCCUUGCUGCUGGCUCCGUGCUCAGCAGGUACUUUCCAUCCCAGUGGUAGCGCCCCAAGCUGUUGGAUACUUGGAAGGACGAGAAUGGUAGCGGCGGGGAACGGUGCGGGGACAGAUGGGAUUUUUCAUUGUGAAAUCAUGAGCUUUGAAGAAAAGUAGACUGAGACGAGCUUUGCUACAUCACAAACUUGGAAGUAUUUGGAGACGUGAGCAGCUUGUUGAAUGACAUGUUGGGGUUGUCCUUAUACAUAUAGAUAUAGGAGAUCUUAUACUGUGCUGCAUGUGUACUGUUGCAAAUUUAUAAUG